CGCUAAGUUUUGGGCCAAAAGCUUCUGGACAGUUGGGGGCCUUCCCUCGUUAGACCCAUUUCAGCCCGAUUUACGCAAUUUACAUAGCGACAGAUGACUCAUACUUGCUCUUUUCUACAUGAAGUACAAUAAUGUGCUCUACUUUUCAUUUCUUAUAUCUCACACUCUAAUGUUUAAUACAAACAGAUUCUCGGCGGAUUUUAAUAAAGUAUUAUACAACUGUCAUAGGUGAUUAUAUAUGGCAAGCGCAACUUUUGGCAACAGCACAAUAAAUGUUUACGUCGGCGAUAUUAGCAAACAUCAUGUAAAUACAAAAAUCAUUUAAGUUAAAGAAAAAAAUCCAGAUUCAUAUUUUUUACAAAGAAUAGUUAUGCUAGGGAGAUCGUAUUACUUUUUUCUAUUUUCAGGUGGAUAUUAUUAUUGUGGAUUCAUCAUCCAGCAGUCUGAAAGAAAAAAUAUUCAAAAUAGGUGGCAGGGGCGGCGGAGCUACCAGGCAUGGUAAGGUUUGAGCCUUACCAAAUUUUGGCUCCCUUAGGCUGAGUCUUACCAAAAAUUAGGAAGUAGAAAUUGUUUUCCGAUGCAUUUUUGUAACCCCCCCAUAAUAGAAGCCUCCGGGGCU